GUUGUUUUUUUUUCUCUGAACUGUCAAGAUCAUAAAAAGCACAGAGAAACUGCAAAAGAGCCAGUAAUUGAGCACGGCAUUGUAGUUAAUAAGUAACAGGCCUCAUCGGUCCCACCCUGCAAGGCCUGCUGGGAAAAUCUCUUGGCAGGCAGCGUUGUCAGUGUGUGUGCUUAGAGAUAUUGCAAAAGCAAAAACAGGAAGAGCACUCAAGACCCGUUUUUUUGUGGCUUCAGUUCAGUGUUUGUGCUCAUCUGCUGCUCCUCCAAAGAGUGCUGCAAAAUGGGUAAAGUGACUAAUUCUGGCCCACUGGCUCGGAGGCCGGACAACUCUGCUUUCAAACAGCAGAGACUCCCAGCCUGGUCCCCAAUGCUAACAGCUAACACGGUGCUGCCUUUCUUUUACAUCAUGGCUGUAGUAUGCAUGUUACUGGGAGUGUGGCUUCUUGUGACUGUACAGAGCACUCAGGAAAUGAAGAUGGAUUACACAAAAGCAGGAACAUGUGAUUUAUGCUUUGAAAAACGUAAAAAUGUGAGCCAUGCAGCAGAGCCCUGCAGUUGUACUGUGGUUUUCUCACUUGAAAAGCCUUUCAAGGGUAAUGUUUUCUUCUACUAUGGCCUUAAAAACUUCCAUCAGAACCUGAGACGGUACAUGGACUCCAGAGAUGAUGGGCAGAUGGUUGGCAGAAAGACUAAUCUUGAGAACCCCAGCUCUUACUGUAAACCAUUUGACAAAGAUGCAAAAGGAAUUCCUAUUGCACCUUGUGGAGCUGUGGCCAACAGCAUGUUCAAUGACAGUUUCGCUCUGUUGUAUCACAAUUCAAGUGGUGUAACACAGAAGGUCCAUCUUCUGCGACAAGGCAUCACAUGGUACACAGACAAAAACGUGAAGUUCAGGAAUCCAAAGACGGGCAACCUGACUCUUCCAGAGGUUUUUUCAGGCACAGUGAAGCCUCUGUACUGGAAGAACCCUGUGUAUGACCUUGACCCAAUGAAUCCAACCAAUAAUGGCUUUAUAAAUGAUGACUUCAUUGUGUGGAUGAGAGAAGCUGCUUUUCCAAACUUCAAGAAGCUGUACGGUGUCCUGAACAGAGAUUAUACACCAUUUGAUGAGGGUCUACCAGCAGGGAAUUACAGCAUUAACAUAGUGUACAACUUCCCGGUGCAGUAUUUUCGAGGACGAAAGGAAGUGGUGUUGACUACACUGACCUGGUUUGGAGGUCAGAACCACUUCCUGCCCAUUGCUUACCUAGUGACCAGCAGCAUCAUUCUACUUCUGGCCAUUGUCCAAACUGUGGUUUGGUGGAAGUUUGGGAAGGAUGGAAAAAACAUGGAAGAGUGAAAAGCUGCCACAGUUUGUGACAAAACAAGCACUGGUUUUGAAUUGCAUUGAGCUGUAGGCUCAUGUUUUACAUUAGAAGAUUAGUUUGCACUGUGGACAAAGUAAUCCAAGAUUGCACUGAUUGUGUGAAUGUAAAUAUAAGGAAAACUGUAAAAACUACCAUGCCCUAAAUAUUCUUGAUUGUAUUUUGGUUGUAAAUAAUUUCACUUAUUUGUGAAAUUCAGUUGUGUUGAAAUGUGUAUUAAAUAAUGGAGAAAGUGUUGUAUGUAUUCAGAUAUACAUUAAUACAAGUGAAAAGGGCUUGCACUUUUGUUUGAAGGGCAUUAGCCAAAAGAAAGUCUGUU